CCCGGCGGAUAGGAAAUCCUGCAGCAGGCAAGUGGGCGGAUGUUGGUGCCCCUCUGCAAGAGGCCGCUGCAGUCCCGCAGCCACUGCCCGGGAGGUUAACCUAGAGCCCGCAACUGCCGCCCGCUUCUGCAGACCGCCGCCGCCGCCUCCUUACCAUGGAGCCGGUGAGUCGCCGCACUCUGGAGUGGAUUUAUUCAGUGUUUCUCCUCGCGAUCGUUUUACUCUCGUGGGGAUACGUUAUUUAUGCAUCAACUGUAGCUGCGCGACGACAGCUAACGAAGGAAUACCCAGGCAGAAUCUUCGGGAUGAAUGAAGAUUUUUAAUUUCUUGGAGUUUAAUACAAUUCUUUACCUCAUGCUUACCUGGCACCUGUUUAUAUAUAAAAACAAAAUCCAUAGUCUAAAGUUUCAAAUUUAUUUUGGCAUACAGUUUUGUAAUAACCACUGAUUUUUCUGACUUUUUCUGAUUUUAGUCUUUUACAUUCUUAUAUGACAAAAUCAAAGCAACCUAGGUCUGACAGCCUUUGAGUAUCAGAUUAUGGAUGGAAUGACAUGCAUUUCAAUAAAGAGUUUCUAAAAUACUUCAAAAA